CCUGAUGGACAAAUGCCUGGUGACAGGACUGUUGGUGGAGGUGAUGAUGCAUUCAACACCUUCUUCAGUGAGACUGGUGCCGGAAAGCACGUUCCCCAUGCUGCGUUUGUUGAUCUUGAGCCUACUGUGAUUGAUGAGGUGAGGACCCGAACAUUCCGCCAGCUCUUCCACCUGGAACAGCUCAUUAAUGGCAAAGAAGAUGCUGCUAAUAACUUUGCCCGUGGCCGCUACACCAUUGGCAAGGAGAUUGUCGAUCUCUGCCUUGAUCGCAUUCGGAAGCUAGCUGACAACUGCACCGGCCUCCAAGGCUUCCUUGUCUUCAAUGCUGUUGGUGGAGGGACUGGCUCGGGCCUUGGCUCUCUUCUCCUCGAACGCUUGUCUGUUGACUAUGGCAAGAAGUCAAAGCUUGGGUUCACUGUGUACCCCUCACCCCAGGUCUCCCCCUCUGUUGUUGAUCCAUACAACAGUGUUCUGUCAACCCAGUCCCUCCUCGAGCACACUGAUGUUGCUGUUCUCCUUGACAAUGAGGCCAUCUAUGACAUCUGCAGGCGCUCUCUUGACAUUGAACGUCCCAUCUACACCAACCUCAAUCGCCUGGUCUCUCAGGUGAUUUCUUCUCUGACUGCCUCCUUGAGGUUUGAUGGUGCCCUGAAUGUUGAUGUCACAGAGUUCCAGACCAAUCUGGUUCCUUACCCAAGGAUUUACUUCAUGUUUUCUUCCUAUGCUCCUGUCAUCUCUGCUAAGAAGGCUUACCAUGAGCAGCUCUCCGUCGCUGGGAUCACUAAUCGCACCUUUGAGCCUUCUUCCAUGAUUGCCAAGUGCGACCCACGCCAUGGCCAGUGCAUGGCUUGCUGCCUCAUGUACCGUGGCGAUGUUGUGCCCAAGGAUGUGAAUGCCGCAGUUGCCACAAUCGAGACAAAGCGCACCAUCCAGUUUGUUGACUGGUGCCCUACUAGCUUCAAAUGUGGUAUCAACCAUCAGCCACCCACUGUGGUUCCUGGCGGCGAUCUUGCAAAAGUGCAGAGCGCAGUGUGCAUGAUCUCCAACUCCACCAGUGUUGCUGAAGUAUUCUCUCGCAUUGAUCACAAGUUCGAUCUCAUGUAUGCAAAGCGUGCAUUUGUGCACUGGUAUGUUGGUGAGGGCUUGGAGGAGGGAGAGUUCUCUGAGGCUCGCGAGGAUCUUGCUGCAUUGGAGAAGGAUUACGAAGAGGUUUGUGCUGAGGAUGAGGAUGGUGAUGAAGGCGAUGAGUAUUAAAGGCUAUGUUCUGGUAGCAUGUCUUCUCGCUAUGUUCCUUUUUUGUGCUGAAAAUUAAAGUCUGUGCCUUCGGAUAUUAAAUGAUUUCCAGCUUGUCGCGCGAAUGAUAUUAGUGUAACAGUUGCGGAUAUCAAUUUCUUGGUUUGACAUUUGUGAAUGAUGCAUUUUUUGUUUCA